UAGAUCAAUAUAAUAUACUACUUGGUCUACCUACCCUAUACACUCACUCCGUGUAUGAAAUCAAUCAACGGGUAUAGAUCCUGACACGGCAUAGGAUGGCUCCAGCUAAAGAAGAUGAGAAAAUACCAUUUCUUACCCCUGGAACUGACCUUAACGACCAGGAAGCACAACCAAAGAAGAACUACUCACUGCUAAAGUAUGCUAGGUCGCAUAGUAUUCUCCUUGUAUUUCAUUUACUCUUCCUUGCUUUUAACGCAGUCCUCCUGGUCUCCAAUACUACAUGCGUAAGGACACGCAACCAUGUUAUAUCAGAUAACGUCUCAUCCGCGAGGACAUUCACACCAGCAGAAUCGGCUCUGCGGCAUAUCACUGUCGAAGAGGACGACUACGAACAGGGCCCAUCUCCAUAUACAGGAGACCCGAGCCCCGAGCUUGACCAGGCCUGGUCCAGACUGCUAAGGUCAACAUUGAUUAGGGUUACCAAAGAAGAGAUGCUCAAAAUGAACAAGACAUCUGUUAGGUUGUUAGACGGCAGUGGCUAUGUCGGAUACCUUGAGGCUUUCCAUCUGCUACAUUGCGUAAGAGUAAUCUAUCAAUCACAUCACCCGGAGUACUACCCGAAGCAGCAACGUGAGGGUGAUUUUACCCCUGCCCACUUGUAUCACUGUUUGGAUGUGCUCCGCGAGGGAAUCAUGUGCAAUCCAGACCUAACACUAGAUACUUUAUCCUGGGUAACACCCAGAAUGGUUGAAGGAUCAAGGCCGGAACCCCGAAAAUGCGCCGACUGGGACCACCUCCAGGCGUGGGCCGACGAUAGAACACUUCCCAUGGAAGACCUGGAGGAGUUCCUUGCUACUUUCGUGGUUCCGUCGAACGAGACCGGUAGUAUUGGUCCAGUGGACUUAUUGAAGUGAAAUAGGCGAAGCAGUGGAGCUGGCAUGUGGUUGAUAUUUCAACUCUACGAUCAUGUAUGAAAUUACGAUGAUGGAAACUCCAGCCUCAGUUUUCACAACAUCCUUCAUAGGUGCCCCUCCAUAAUAGCGCCCGAUCGCGCUUAAAUCAAGCGGAAAAGAUGGCCUAGAGGAUAGGGGGUUGGCGAGGGCAACUUUCGGGCGAUGUAGCAAGCGAAGUCAAAUUGCUGUGUAGAUUUAGACAUACGUG